GCCGUCAUGGACCACGGCCCCAAGGAAGGGGACUCUGCUGGGCGAGCUGCAGGGGCCGCCCCGAGGGGGGCCGCCGCCGCCGCCGCCUCUUCCUCGGGCGGCGUGGUGGUGCAAGUGCGAGAGAAGAAGGGACCCCUGCGCGCCGCCAUCCCUUACAUGCCCUUCCCCGUGGCCGUCCUGUGUUUGUUCCUCAACACCUUCGUGCCGGGGUUAGGGACUUUUGUGUCUGCCUUCACGGUGCUGUGUGGAGCCCGGACUGAUCUCCCCGACAGGCAUGUUUGCUGUGUGUUCUGGUUGAAUAUUGCGGCAGCUCUGAUUCAGAUCCUCACGGCAAUUGUGAUGGUUGGCUGGAUCAUGAGUAUAUUUUGGGGGAUGGACAUGGUCAUUCUUGCCACGGAGCGGAGGUGCAGAGCAGCAGAGAGUGACCUUCACUGAUCACUCUGACAGCCAACUCCACUGUGGAGGCACUGGCACAUGGAUUUUUGGACUGGCACAGCCAACACACCAGCAUGACAGACAAGCUGUUCCAAAAGCAGGAGGGAGCCAUUGACUAGGCUGACAUGUCGCUGAGGAGGAGGAGGGCCACUGAGCAGACAUCCAGUGGAAGGGGAUCUGCUAACUCGGAGAUAUUGCUGUUUCCACCAUCUUCUGGGUGGGGAACCCUUCAAAAGAGUUCUCCUCAUUUGUGACUCACAGAGGAAAUGGCCCUUGAUGUGAAUAUCAAAGAAACAGGAAAUAUUUAUAGAUACAUGUGCAAGAUAUAAAAGACAUUUGAUCAGUCCCAAGAGACACUCUUUGAUUAUUUCUUGGGUGCGGGAAGGUUCGACUUCGUAUGUGUGUGUUUAAUGGUGCUCAUUGAAGAUCAAUUUUGUGCAGCCAUCCUGAGAUUUUGCUUGCAGCUUUUGUAAAUCUGAUGUUUAGGUAAUGUGGGCUCAGCUAUUUAUGCAUCCUGCCAUCCUCUGCCUGCUGAAUGCUGAAGAGAAGUUUUGAUCUGUCAUCUGCCAGGAAAGCAAGAAGCUGGCUCUUGCUGAGAUCCAUCAUCACUCUCUGUGGUUUUAUGUAGGUGCUUUGUUCUUGGGUGGGAGGGGCAGGUUUUAAGAGUGGGAGGGCAAGUUUUAUGUUGUGUUUUAUCGGGAGUGGGAAAAGAGAGACUUUCCCUGAUCCGCUCCUCAAAGAAACUGUGCCGCUAAAUGUUACUAUACUUUGAAAAUGUAGUAUAUACAACAGAUUGUAUUUUGUAGCCUGUGUUGAGUAAAGCUGUGGCCUCUGUCUACUUCGUAGCAUACAUGCCCACAUACUUAGCCAUGGGCACAACAAAUGUACACUCCUAGGUGUGCACACACAGAGCAUAAAUAUGAGGCUAAGGGUUAAAAGGGACAAAGAAACCAAUCCUGACCCCAUUUUUUUUUUCUGGUGAGAAAGGAAAGAUGACUUUACUGUCCCAAACUCCAUGAGCACAUGGCUUCAUUAUCUAAACUUUCCUGGGCACCCUUGGCCCUCAGUCACUUCUGGUCAGGGCUGAUCAGAACCCAUGCUGAUCAGAACCCACUCACAGAGCUUUUCACUAAAUCAGUGAGGUUUAGCACAGGGUGGCAAUCAUGUAGCCCUCCAGUGUUUAGGCCUACAACUCCCUACA